AUGUAUGGAUACGAAGAUAGCUACGAAGGUCCAGUUCUAGCUUACUGGUAUCUCGGUAUUGUUGGGCUAAUGUUUAUCGGUUUGGUGCUUGCCGGAUUGUACUUACACAAAGUGGCCUGUUUUGCCAAAUACAACGCUCAAACAUGUUACGAUGUGAGCAUCGGAAAUCGCCCAUCUGAGUUAAUGGGUGAAGAGAUGAAAGUUGUCGUGGCUCGAGUGGGUGAUCUAAAUGUGAAAAUGUCUGUACCAUCCGUGAGACCUCGCACCUCAGCCGGUCGAGCGUUCUUUGUACAAAAACGUAAGCGGUAUCCAUGUAUGGGUUACAGUCCCAUCUAG